UGUGUACGUGUGUAUUCGUAUAUCAUUAUUAUACCGUACAAAUUCAUAUUUUAAAUUAAUGACGAUAUUUUUACCAUUAUUUAUUAAACAAUAAUACAAAAAUUAUAUGUUUGUCACUAAUUUAUAUUUCGUAAAAUUACAAAAUUCUAAAUUCUACUUACUCUUAUAAUUUUCAUUCUUUAUAUUUUGUGAAUUAAACAUUAUGAAUCAAAGUAGCUCUCCUGCUAGAUCCGAUAGAAAUAUAGAUCCAAUGACAUCCCCUGCACCAGAUAUAGAUGAACCUUUUGAAGAUGAAAGUGAAUUACUUAAUGAAGAUAAUGAUAUUAAUAAUGAAGAAGAAGAAGGAGAAGAAUUAUUUGGAGAUAACAUGGAGGCGGAUUACCGUCCUAUGCCAGCUCUUGAUAGAUAUGAUCCAGCCAUGCUUGAUGAUGAUGAAUAUUCUGAAUUGUCUCAAGGAGAACGUGUUGCAGCUGAAAUAGAAAUGCGAAAAAGAGAUCGCGCAGCUGGAAUUAUAAGAGAUGAUAGAGAUUUACUUUAUGAUGAUACAGAUGAAGAUGAAACACAAACUCACAAACGACGCAUGGCUGAGAAGGCUGCUACUGGUGAAAUUGAUGACAUAGAGAUGAUAGAAUCUAUAGAAAACUUAGAAGAUACAAAAGGUCAUUCUAUCAAGGAAUGGGUUACAAUGUUAGGACCACGAACAGAAAUCUCCAAUCGUUUUAAGAGUUUUUUACGUACUCACACAAAUUCAAAAGGACAGUAUAUGUACAAAGAACGUAUUCGUCACAUGUGUGAAAGUAAUCAGUCCAGCUUUAUUGUGGAAUUCCCCAUUCUUGCAAGUAAAGAACAUGUUUUGGCUUAUUUUUUGCCAGAAGCUCCAUUUCAAAUGUUACAAAUAUUUGAUGAAGUAGCCAAAGAAUUGGUAUUAACUAUUUUUCCUAGUUAUGAAAGAGUUACAAGUGAAAUUCAUGUUAGAAUAUCAGAACUUCCAUUAAUAGAAGAAUUACGUACAUUUAGGAAACUCCAUCUUAAUCAAUUAGUUCGAACUCUUGGUGUUGUGACAGCUACAACAGGAGUGUUACCACAAUUAUCUGUUAUUAAAUAUGACUGUUCUAAGUGUGGAUAUGUUCUUGGUCCUUUUGUACAAUCUCAAAACUCAGAAGUCAAACCAAGUUCUUGUCCAGAAUGUCAAAGCUUUGGUCCUUUCAUGAUUAAUAUGGAACAAACAAUAUACAGAAAUUAUCAAAGAAUAACAAUUCAAGAAUCUCCAGGUAGAGUACCUGCAGGCAGAAUACCAAGAAGUAAAGAUUGUAUUUUGUUGUCUGAUCUUUGUGAUCGAUGCAAACCAGGGGAUGAAAUAGAUCUUACUGCUGUAUAUACUAAUAAUUAUGAUGGUUCUUUAAAUACAGAACAGGGGUUUCCAGUGUUUUCUACAGUAUUAUUGGCUAAUUACUUAUUUGUAAAGGAUUCUAAAGAAAUUGUAGAAUCUCUAACUGAAGAAGAUAUUGCUAGUAUUCUUGCUUUGAGUAAAGAUCAUCGUGUUGCCGAUCGAAUUGUUGCAAGUAUUGCUCCUUCUAUAUAUGGACAUGAAUAUAUUAAACGAGCACUAGCAUUAACCAUUUUUGGAGGAGAAGCAAAAAAUCCUGGUAAUAAACACAAAGUAAGAGGAGAUAUAAAUGUUCUAAUCUGUGGUGAUCCAGGAACAGCUAAAUCUCAAUUUUUGAAAUAUAUUGAAAAAAUAGCUCCGAGAGCAAUUUUCACAACAGGUCAAGGGGCUUCUGCCGUCGGUUUAACCGCUUACGUACGUCGACCACCUAAUACACGAGAAUGGACAUUAGAAGCUGGUGCUUUAGUUUUAGCAGAUCAUGGUGUUUGCCUAAUUGAUGAAUUUGAUAAGAUGAAUGAUCAAGAUAGAACAUCUAUACACGAAGCUAUGGAGCAACAAAGUAUCUCUAUUUCAAAAGCAGGGAUUGUUGCAUCAUUGCAUGCUAGAUGUUCAGUAAUAGCUGCAUCCAAUCCAAUUGGAGGCAGAUAUGAUGCUAGUAUGACCUUCUCAGAAAAUGUAGAUUUAUCAGAACCAAUUAUUUCCCGAUUUGAUAUAUUGUGUAUAGUUAAGGAUGAAGUGGAUCCUAUGCAAGAUAGACAUUUAGCUAAAUUUGUAGUAAAUUCGCAUAUUAAACAUCAUCCAACAAAUUCAGAAAAAGCAGUACCAACAGAAUCAGUGGAAACAACACAAAAUCUAUCUAUUCCUCAAGAUCUUCUUAAAAAGUAUAUUGUUUAUGCAAAACAAAAUGUUCAUCCUAAAUUAACUAAUAUUGAUCAAGAUAAAGUAGCCAAACUAUAUAGUCGUUUAAGACAAGAAAGUUUAGCUACUGGAAGUUUACCUAUAACAGUAAGACACAUCGAAAGUAUAAUUCGAAUGGCUGAAGCUAGUGCAAAAAUGUAUUUACGAGAUCAUGUACAAGAAGGUGAUAUUAAUCUUGCUAUUAGAAUGGUUUUAGACAGUUUUGUUGAUACACAAAAAUACUCUGUUAUGAAAAGUAUGCGGCAAACAUUUCAAAAAUACUUAUCAUACAAAAAAGAUCAUAGUGAACUUUUGUAUUAUAUACUUCGACAAAUUACAUUGGAUACAUUAGCAUUCCAAAAAGCCUUACAUGGGAAUCGAAUUACAACUCUUGAAAUAUCGGAAAAAGAUUUAUUGGACAGGGCUAAACAGAUUGACAUACACAAUUUACAUCCAUUUUAUGAAAGUGAUAUUUUCAAAACUAAUAAUUUUGUAUAUGAUUCUCGAAGAAAGGUAAUUAUUCAAACUCUUCCUGAAACUAUUGAUGACUGAGAAAUCCAUGAAAUAUUUAAUUAUUUUAAAUAAUAUUUCUUAAUUUUUUUUCAUCAUGAAUGCAUUUUUACGAAUUAAUAAGCUUUUAUUUUAUAGACAUUUUAUAUGUAUUCAUGUAAUUGUUUAUACAACUAUUUUAAUAUUAAACAUUUGUAAAUGAAAUAUUUACUAAAUUACAUAAAGUUUAUUAUACAUUGUACAUUUGUUUCAAAGAUCCACUUUUAUCGGUAUUGUAAUAACGAUUUUUCUCUAAAAAAAUAAAAUUACAUAGACAUAUAUUGCCAAAAAUAUAAUUUAUAUAUUUGUACUAAUAUUAAAAAUAUAUUUUUUUCUAGUAGAGCUCUUAAUUAAAUUAAAUUUAUUUAGUAUAAAAUUAAGUAUAGAUUUACUUUCAUAUUAAAAAGGAGCGGUUUGAUAAAAAAGUUUUCAAAGUGAUCCUUCUUACAAUCUCUUAAUCUAGAUGUAAUUAAAUUAUUAGAAUUACAAUAUUUUAAUAAUUAAAAUGUGGGAUGAGUUGGAAGUGCUAACAAAAAUAUUUAGUUACAUCUUUCAUCGUAAUAGCGCAUUGCUUUGGUAGAGAGUGUGUUUUGUUUUGGAAAGAAAUUGACCCGAAAAUAGUAUGAAUGUUUGAUGCAUGAUGUAAGUGAGCUAUUAUCGAGUGUCUGUAAAAAGCGAUUGUGAAAAACGAUUCCUAAAAUGCAUAUAGAAUUAGAAUUGGAGUUGGGUUGAAAUGAUAGUCCAAGAUGAAGCAUAAGACGAAAAAUGAGAUGAACGACGAAUGAUUGAGAUCAUAGUAUACGGAGAAGUACACUCUGGUACCAUAAGGAUCCUACAAAAAUACAUUUAAAAGUCAAUGUGAAGAGUUACUGCUACUGCUGCUACUGCUACUAGAAACACUAUCAUUCGAGUCUGACUCACUGUCCGAAGAAGAA